AUGUUAGGCGAACGCAAUCUUUGUGCAAUAAGCUUAGCGUGUUCAGUACAUAUAUAAAAUUUUGUUCACUUUGUGAUCAGGAAAAAACUUGUGUUGGAAAUUUUUGUGAAGAUUUUCCUGUAUUCGUCUAUGCAACAAUCAUAGCCAUGAGCGACGCCGGUGGAAGUGACCUGUCCGAAGCGGAUCGCCGUCGAAUAGAAGCCAAUCGUAAGCGCGCCCUUAGCCUUCGCCAAGCGCGCCUAACAGCGCAUCCCUAUGGCGGCGGCGGCGGUGGUGCUGGUACUGAUAAGCCACAACGCCCCCAGGAAACGGCCGUAGCCGUGGGAAAUGUGAUAAAAGUAUCCGGAACCAAGUACAUCGACAGUGGUGGAGGUUUCCUGAUUGAACAGCGGACUUGUGUGGAUCCGCAGGAGCAGGAACCCGCGGUCGACGAGAAGGAAGUGGAAAAGGAUUCGGUUCCGAUUCCGAUCGAGUACGAUGAGUGCUUGGACUGUGGGGAUCGCUUUGCGGACUCGUACUUGAUGGCCACGUUCGACUAUAAGGUUUGCGAUGCAUGUCGAGAUUCUGAUGGGAAGCAUUCGUUGAUCACGAGGACAGAGGCAAAGCAGGAAUAUUUGCUGAAGGAUUGCGACCUGGAUAAGCGGGAACCGAUGCUGAAGUUCAUCAGUAGGAAGAAUCCGCAUAACGUGCGCUGGGGAGAGAUGAAGCUGUAUUUGCAUAUCCAGGUGGAGGAGAGAGCGUUGGAGGUGUGGGGAUCGGAGGAGAAUCUCAUCAAAGAAAAGGAGCUGAGGGAGGAGAAGCGAGAGAUCACCAAGGUCAAGAAGUACAACAAACGACUCAAAGAGCUGCGGAUGGACGUUCGGAGCAGUUUAUACGAUAAGACGUCGCAGGCCCAUCAGCAUAGCUGGGGAGAUGGAGAAGUGUACAACGAGGAAGAGGACACCUAUACGAGAACUUGUGAAACGUGCGGUCAUAAGGAAACAUACGAGAAGAUGUGAUCCGCAUGGUGGACGUAACUGCGUAGAGCGCUGGUAUCCGGUUCUGUUAUGAUAUUCCGUAUAUUCUCUUUGUUUGGUAAGUUGGUAGCAGUAAACAACAGUAGUUUUUAAGAUUAUCAUUAAAACAGAUAAUUCAUUUAGAUUUUCUGAUUAAACACAUAACAUUUGCCUCUCUGAA